CCUUCUCCUUUGUAAACAUUCAGCCUUACGACAUUAUUUCCAGCCUAGCACCAUACUGCUUUGCUCUCAUUUUACUUUGCCAUUUAUUCAUGGGUUUGAGACAAGAUCAAAUGGGAGAAUCAAGUCUAAUACUAAUACAAGUAAUACUAAUGGCCAUAAGUGCUUUCUGGAAGAUGAACGUGAAUCUCCCAGGUGAUAUUUUUAUUAUCCAGGUCAUAUUAUCCUGUCACUGCUCUUUCUCCUAAGAGAGUGUCCUGUUCAGUCAUGUGUAUUUGCAGGGAAUGCUCCUGACUAUCUGAAUUCACAACAGAGAGAUAAGGAACAGGUUUCUUAAUGGACUUGCACACAUUAACAGCAUCUUACUACAAAUACAUCCUCUUGAAACAGCAGGACACCCUUUUCCUGGCAGAGAAGAAGCUGCUGACUGUCCCUGAAUCCUUUCUCUUUCCUUUCAAGCUCUCAGCUACUCCCAGGGUCCCUUCUGGUUCUGCUUCCCAAAUGGGAAGGAACAGAAGAAAAGUGUUAUGAAGUACGUGCUUUACACUAUCCCUUAUAGAACCCCAAGAGAAAUGCCUUCUGCCUGUCUCAGUUGUGAAACAUGACACUGGAUCCCUGUGCAUUCAGACCCAAUUCUGCCACACCCUUCUUCAUCUCAUGGAAGAGCGGCAUGUCCCCAUGGAUAAACCUCUUAAGCACUUCCUGGUCUGCCUUGGGAAUAAAGACAGAAAAGCCCAACUUGGAAGGCUAAGAAGGAACAAAACCAUGACAACAUGAGCACAAACUCACUCAGGCCUUUAAAGUCAAUGGAAAUACACAGAACCUGACUGAGGACAAGACCUAAGUGCGCUCUCUCAUUAAAAGGUUGUAAAAAUGGAAGUGGUCUCCACAUCAGUUGGCAAGUUUACCAUUGAUCUUUUCAACAAGCUAAAUGAGACCAACAAGGGAAAAAAUCUUUUCUUCUCCCCUUGGAGCAUAUCAGCUGCUCUGGCUCUGACAUACCUGGGAGCAAAAGGAACUACAGCAACUGAGAUGGCAGAGGUCCUUCAUUUCACCCUGGGAGCAGCAGCUGAGGCUUCUUCUGUGGCCAGACCUUCUCGGGGGAGACCAAAGAGAAGAAAAUUGGAUCCUGAGAACAAGAAAGCUGCAGAUAUCCAUUCUGGCUUCAAGAAGCUCCUGACUGCCAUCAACAAACCCAGGAGCACCUACUCCCUGAAAAGUGCCAAUCGCAUUUAUGUGGAAAAAACCUUCCUAUUAUUGCCUACAUACAUACAGCACAGUAAGAACUACUACAAAGCAGAGCCACAGAAGGUUAACUUUAGGACAGCACCAGAACAGUCAGGAAAGGAAAUCAACACUUGGGUUGAAAAACAAACUGAGGGCAAAAUCAAGAAUUUGCUGGGUCCACGAGAUGUGACAAACUCCACCACGCUGAUCCUGAUAAAUGCCAUUUACUUCAAGGCAGAAUGGGAAGUGAAAUUCAAAGCAGAAGAUACAGAGCUGCAACCCUUCCGACUGAGCAAGAACAAGACUAAGCCUGUAAAGAUGAUGUAUAUGAGAAAAAUAUUUCCAGUUCUCAUCAUGGAAACAAUGAAUUUCAAAAUGAUUGAGCUGCCAUAUGUGAAACGUGAACUCAGUAUGUUCAUCCUCCUUCCUGAUGACAUCAAAGACAACACUACGGGUCUUGAACAGCUGGAAAAAGAACUGACGUAUGAGAAGCUGUCUGAAUGGGCUGAUUCCAAGAAGAUGACCGAGACUCUCGUGGAUCUGUACCUACCUAAAUUCAAAAUGGAAGAGAAAUAUGACCUCAGUGAUAAUCUGAUCAGGAUGGGAAUGCGCAGUGCCUUCAGCAGCAAUGCUGAUUUCAGCGGAAUGACUGAGAGGGAUAAAGUGAUGAUCUCCAAAGUUUUUCACAAGUCUUUUGUUGCAGUUGAUGAGAAGGGCACUGAGGCAGCUGCUGCUACUGCUGUCAUUAUAGAACUAACAAGUGCCUAUGCUAGCCAUGCUCUGAAAUUUAGGGUUGACCAUCCUUUCUGCUUCUUCAUCAGACACAACAAGUCCAAGAGCAUCCUUUUUUUUGGUAGAUUCUGCUCUCCUCUAGAAUGAAUUAUUGCUUGUUCUCAGACAGCCACCAAGGUUCACUGUUCAAUGGAAAAAUGUGAACUGCAGUGCUAAAAUCUCAGCCUUAAGCCAUGAAGCCACCUAUACUGAAAGUGCCUGUUCUUUUUCUUUCACUCAGCCCCCCGCAAAGAAGGCAGCACCCAGAAACUAUUGUGAGCCAUCAAAGAACAGCCCUCUACUGCUUCCUUCUAUUGUCCUAAUGAGACAGUCCUAAACAGAAAAGAAAGAGUCGAUUUUUGCUCCCUUUUAUCAAAUAUGCUCUUCUGGCUUUAUUGCAUAAAAGUAAGGCGGAGUCAUAAAAACUCUCUGCACACAGGCCAUAAUCUCUCCCUAUGUCAAAUGCUGACUUCAAGGGAAAUGCAGUUCAUUCUCGUGACUCUCACAGAGAGUCAAGAAAAAACAUAGGAAAGAAAAGAAAACAAACUUGUAGAAAUCUGUAUGCUCUCCUUUGCUUUCUUUUCCUCACUGGGAAACCUGCAUUUGUACUACAAUGCUAUUUCAUAACCUUAUUUUCAAAUUUCAGUGUCUGUUGGAAAAUAAUAAAAUUUAAUACAAAUUCAGAAUAAUCUCAGAAUGCCCCCUAACAUCCCUUGUCUCACCACAUGUAUAUAGGCACAUCAUAUUCAUUCUCUCCUGCUCUUUCAGCUUUCUGAAAAAGUGAGGCUGUGAGGGAAAGUUUUCCAUCUCUUAAUAUUAAAUUGCUAACUUCUAAUCAUGCUGCAUUUUUUCCUCAUUUUUUCUAAAUUUUGAAUUUUAAGGUUGCUGAGAUUUCCAACCAGCAAAAAUGCUAAGAAAACUAUUAGCAACAUGCCUUCUUGACACCUUUUAUUGAUAUGUAAUCUAAACCUGUUAGAAUUUAAAUUUGCUUCCUUUUUUUAAUUUUACGUAUUUAUACCUAUUUCCAGGUUAAUACCUGCAAAGCUUCCUUGCCACUUGUAAUAUUGACCAAUGUUUGAUUUGUACCUUUUGAGUUCAUCUCAGCAAAGACAUUCGUGGUAUUGACAGAAACAUAAGUGAAAUUUUGUUUGAUGCUUUACUUAUUAAUUUACCAUGUGCUGCAUUUAAUAAAAUAAAUAAAUUUGAA